AUGAAAAAACGCGUGUUUCUUCUUCUGAUUGCAAUCACUGUGUGCAGCUUAACAGCCCAUCUGAUGUUUCUAUGGAGAUCCAGCAUUCCACAGACACCAUCACGGACUACGUUAGCCCCUGCACGUAACAUUCAAAACGAUUCGCCUCAAGUAAAACAAGGCAAUCCUGAUUUAAGGAAGAUUCUACAUGAUUACGACAAACAGUUUAAAGAACAACCUGCGAAUGCUCAUGAGGCUGUUCUGCGACUGAACAAUGCCCCCACUGACAGAUACGAGGAAUCAGUGGGAAGGAAAACCUCAAUUCACCUAUUUAACAGUAAAUGUUUUAAUAAAGAAGCACAUAUUAACAACACAGAGGCCAUGUUUGUAAACACCACACUCGUCAUGUGGCAAACUGGCCCAUAUAAUGGUAAUUUGUACAAGUGGUAUCAACUAAAACCAGUUAAAUUGAUGUUAGACAAGUACAUAGCGUGGAGAAAAGUGUUUCCGUCACCGGAUUUCUACGUUAUACAUCCAAGAUCUCUAUGGUUUGCGUGGGAUGCUCUCGAGUACUUCAAUAAAGGAAACCCUAUCAAAAAGAUCGUGCCGUCAUCUGGAUUCACAG